AUGACCGCUAUUGCUCUUCUCCCAGUGCCAACUCGUGCACUGAGGCAGUGUUCGAGUCUCACGUGGAGAACCAUGUUUUGUCCACUCGGAUCUACUUCCGCCGCCUACAGAGAAUGGCACGGUUCUGGGAUGAGAGAUCUGCGCCGUGCCACGAUAUCUACAUUGUCUGUUCAAUGUGUAUCGGUACAGAAAAGUUCUGCAUUGGAUCCUAAAAGGUCUCCGGUUCUUUCCAAAAUCCCUCUCCCUACUCAUGAGAAUAUCUACACUAUCCCCAACAUCCUUACAUUCUCCCGUCUCGUUGCUGCACCCCUGGUAGGCUACUUCCUGGUCCACGACCAGCAUGCGGCUGCCCUUUCUUUAUUCGUCUAUGCUGGUCUUACAGAUCUCGUUGAUGGCUAUAUUGCCCGGCGAUAUAAUCUUCAGACCGUUGUCGGGACUAUCAUUGAUCCCAUGGCCGAUAAACUGUUGAUGACUAUCGGUGUUGCUUGCUUAGCAGUCAAUGGCUCAAUUCCUGUGUGGCUGGCUGUUAUCAUCCUUGGCCGGGAUGUUGGCCUUGCGCUCUCGGCGAUCUAUUAUCGGUGGAUAUCGCUUCCACCACCAAAGACCAUGGCACGGUAUUGGGAUUUCUCGCUGCCCUCUGCUGAAGUGAAGCCAACAGGCAUCUCAAAGGUCAAUACGGCACUGCAACUCUUGCUUGUGGGAUCUGCAAUUGCAUUGCCUGUUGUCCCAGAGGCAGUUCUCGAUGCAUGGAAUUUGAGAGAAGGAAUGACCGCAUUGCAAUACCUCGUCGCGGCUACCACUAUCUGGUCAGGGCUCAGCUACGUCUUCUCCAAGGACGCAGUCAAGAUCUUGACCAAGGAGGAAAUUCAGCGACGCCUCACCAGAUCCAGCGCGACGAAAAAGAAGUCUUCGUGA